CCCGUAAACAACGCCAGGGAAGCGAAGCUGGCAGCGAGGCCGCGUUUCCGUGGCCCCGCCUCGGUCUCCUCCCGUCCCCUCGCCGCUGCCCCGGCAGCAAGUUUUUCCGCAGGCGCAUGGAGAAGGCGGCGGACCUGACUGAUGGGGACAGAAGUUUACUUUUGUCCCCGUUUGAUUAGCCUGCGUGACGUUGUUUGUAGGUUUUUAUAUCUGAAUAUCAUAAUUUUGUCGUUUUCUUUCGGUGCAUCGAAACGCAGUUGCUUAUACCCAAUAAAGAAAAAUGUCAAACGUUCAAGUAGCGAUUCGGGUUCGCCCACUUAACGCAAGGGAGACGGCGGAUGGGGCACGGAUAGCGCUGCAAGUGGAGGACAAGAUAGUUAGGAUAAAGAACAUGAAGCUUGAUGGUCGUCCUGAUGCACACGGGGACUCCAGAGAGAAAGUGAUGGAGUUUGGGUUUGACUACUGCUACUGGUCUGUGGACCCUGAAGGCCCUGACCAUGCGUCGCAGGAGGAGGUGUUCCAGGACCUUGGUGUGUCUGUACUGACAGGUGCAUCUGAGGGCUACAACGUUUGCCUUUUUGCUUAUGGCCAGACAGGCUCAGGGAAGACCUACACCAUGAUUGGGACCCCCGCUUCCAUUGGGCUCACGCCAAGAAUCUGUCAGGGAUUAUUUAGGGCAGAUGGCAGCUUUCCUGAAGGACAGAGCUCUUGCAGAGUGGAAAUCAGCUUUUUGGAGAUCUACAACGAGCGCGUGCGAGACCUGCUGAGGCACUCGAAGCAGAAGAAGCCCACCACACUGCGAGUUCGAGAGCACCCAGAGAAAGGGCCCUAUGUGCAGGGUCUGUCACAGUACGUGGUGUCUGACUACAAGCAAGCCGUCGACCUUCUAGAGAUGGGCAUCGCCAAUCGCAUCACUGCUGCCACACACGUGCACGAUGCCAGCAGCCGUUCACACGCCAUCUUCAGCAUUCAGUACACUCAGGCUAUACUUGAGAACAAUCUCCCUUCAGAGAUUGUCAGCAAGAUCAAUCUGGUUGACCUUGCUGGCAGCGAAAGAGCGGAUCCACACUACUGCCGGGAUAGAAUCACAGAAGGAUCCAAUAUCAACAAAUCCCUGGUGACCCUAGGAAUCGUCAUCUCUGCUCUUGCCCAGAACUCUCAGAUGUUCAGCAGCUGUCAGAGCAUUAACAGCACGGCCAGUGAGGGCGAGUGCAGUGUCGCGGGUAGCCAGUGCAGCUCGUACUCGGGGGGCGGCAGACGGCAGUGCUUCAUUCCCUACAGAGACUCCAUUCUUACAUGGCUGCUCAAAGACAGCUUAGGGGGCAACUCUAAGACCGUCAUGAUCGCCACUAUUUCUCCUUCAUGCAGUAGCUACAGUGAAACGCUCAGCACCCUGCGCUAUGCUGCACACGCGAGAAACAUUGUCAACAAGCCGCGCGUCAAUGAGGAUUCCAGUGUGAAGCUGAUCAGGGAAUUGAGAGAGGAGAUCAAUCGGCUGAAGAGCAUGUUGCUGAGCUUCAAAAUGCAGCGUAACCCAAGUCCAUCUCUGAGUGAAGACAGGGAUGGAAACCUCUCUGACAUUGUCCUUCAAAAUGAGCUGAAGGUUGAGCAACUGACAAAGGACUGGACCGACCACUGGCAUGACAAGAAGGAGCUGCUAGAGCAGUACAGCGUGGACAUCAACCGCGAUCGGGCCGGGUUCCUGAUCCGUUCUCUCUUGCCACACCUCAUUGCCCUGGAUCGGGACGUCUUGAGCACAGGAGUCAUCUUCUAUCACCUCAGGAACUUUCCUUCUUGUCCUCUUUCCACAACUUGCUCUGUUCACAAAAGUGUUCAGGAAGGGGUAACUAAGAUCGGACCACAAGACCAACAAGAGGAACCUCAAAUAGUCCUGCAGGGUGAAGCCCAAUGUGAGAUUGUGAACCAGCAUGGGGUGGUGACACUGAGACCGUUCCCUGGGAGCGUCUGCAUGGUGAACGGGCGCGAGGUGACGGAACCCUGCCAACUAGCACAAGGGGCAGUGAUCACUUUGGGGGAGGUCCACAAAUUUCGUUUCAACCACCCCGCUGAGGCAGCCAUCCUAAGAGAGCGAAGACGGGCCAGUGAGGGAGCGCUGAGCUGCAGCAUGUCUGACCUCAGCUGCCUCGUACCACGACCAAGCGAGAUAGAGGAGGAGCGCUGGGAGCAGGGCGGGGGUGAGAAAGGGGCUGUUCCCCGGCAGCGGGUGCAGGAGCAGCAGAGGUACGUGAGGAGCCUCCGGGAGGAAAUCCAGGUGGAGCAGCAGCGGGCCGAGCGGGACCUGGAGAGGGAGCAGGCAUACCUGAGGCAGCAGCAAAGAGAGAUUCAGCAGUGGGCUCUCCAGGAGAAGCAGCGUCUCUCAGCUAAUGAGAGAAACACAGAAGAAUCUGAAGCGCAGACCGAUCUCGUGUUUAAGGUUCUCAAAGGAGGUGUCAGAGACACGGUGGUCGGAGACAGAAAGAGGGUGGUGCAGGAGGAGCUGCUGCGGCACCACGCACUGCGCCGGGCCGAGAACCGGGUCCGGCGCAAGCGGCUGCACUACCAGCUGGGGAGGAUUGCUCAGAAGCGCCUCCUGCUGGAGGCCAAAGGGGAGCUGCAGUGCCUGGAGUGUGCCCUUUCUCCUGAAGGUUCCACGUCAUCGGAGCCUGGCUUGCCCGUGAAGACAAAAGGAAGCUCAAAUGUCCUCAGAAGGCAUUCGUUCUCUGUAGACCUCCUGUCACGUCUCUAUCCUAAACACAGCCCUCUGUUUAGCCAUAUUAUUAGAAGAAACAAGAGAAUGAGAAAUCGUGCCAAUACAUUGCCUACAGGAAACAGAAGCUUGGAGGGCAAAACCAGAUCUUUGGAAAGCCUAAAGGCAGGAUUACUACGUCCUGAUCAGCUAAACGGUGGACCGAAUAAAAGAAUGCCGUCAUUCACCGACAUUAAUGUCAUCAAAAGUGGAAAGGAAGAACUACAGCAAACUGGUUCUUCAGAACUGCAUGGGAUGGACAACAAGAAAGCAUCUUCAACACAACUCAACACUCCUUAUAGCCCACCCAAAAUUUGCAAGUCAUCAUCCAAGGGCAGCAAAAGUCUGGAGAGAAUACGGAAGGUCUUCUCCCAAUCGGCUGGGCCCGGAAUCCGGACUGCAUUGUCGAAAUUCUUUCGCAAGCCACCAUCAGGGUUUGUGGGUAAUAAAGGUAAUCAGCCAACCAGUACUUCUCAGUUCCAAGGAAAUAAAGGAGACGUGAACCUGGAUGCAAAGACUGAACAGUGGCCGUUGAGUAUAAGUUUGGGGCAAGGGGGCGGGCAUAGUGAGGAAGCUGUGAAUAAGGCAUCAGUGGAACAGGCCGGGGAGAAACCACCGCAUGAGGGAUCGCUGGACAAUAGGAAGGGAGAGGAGGAAGAGGACUCUUCAGAUUGUGACAGCUCAUUCUCUUUGGACUCACUGUCAUCAGCUUACACCAAAGCUCUGGCUGAACAGCUAAGGCAUGAGGAAUUUGAAGGUGGGAACAACAGUGAGCCAGAAAGUGUAAACAGUCAGAUAUCCCAGGAUUCAUUGGUGAUGGAAAACAGCAGUAAAGCAAAUACAAUGAGGCUGAAUUCUAAGGAGUCACUGUCUAGUCACUGCUAUUCUCAGGUGAAUGAGAAGAAGUUCCUGACUGAGGAGAUUAAUAAUGAAAUGUUUUCCUCCCUUGAGCCCCGUGCAUGUGAUGAGAUGCCAGCAGAAGCAUUCUGGAAUCUCAAAGGUUUUCACAUGGCAAAAGCUGGAAAUGAAAAGGAAUCCAAAACGGAGUUACUCAGUGAGCCUCAAUCAAAGGCAAAAUCUGCAGCUCUCUUAUUAGAAUCUAAAGGUGCUGAAGAGCAGGAGGGAGGACCACAACUAUUAGCCAACAGUUCUAGUCACCUUUCCUGGUCAGGUGCCAAAGAAAAUGAGAAUCUGUGUGUGCUUACAGAUGCCUGGUCUUCUACUGAGCCACCUGACAGUCCCAGUAUCUACAGUGGCUCAAUCGCAAUUAGCCAGUCAGUAGAAAUACAUCCAGUAUGUAGCAUCAGCCUUCAAAACAGCACAGAUAUCACUGAAAGCGUUAGUGGCUCUGAAACCCCAACCAUUCACAUGAAUGACAGUAAAGAUGCAACAUUAUUUCAACAAGAAUACUGGGAUUCUGAAAGUGAGAAUUCCCAGGUGGUUGGAAUGCUGGAAGAUCACAAGACAACUUCUUCAAUAGCUGCCAUAAACAGUACUAUAAAAGAAUCUGUUUAUUCUGGAAGUGGCAAUCUUGAGGAAUGUUCAGAAUUUGUAUCAGGUAUGAAAGGAGUAGUAGAAGACUCUGCAACACUGGAAAAAUCAGGCAUGCAAAAGAAUGAUGAUGAAAAGGAACAUUUAAGCUUUAAGACAAGUAUGUGUAAACAUGUAGUUGUUGCACCUCUUUUAUGUAAAAGCAACUGUUUCCCUUCUGAAGGUGAGCCUAGGACUUUUAACAGCAUGGAGACAUUUCCAAAUGACCUAUCAUUAGACAUGGAGUGUGUCGGUGCUGAUAAGUCUGUAAGUCGGGGCAGUGCUUCAGGCUUUCUUUGCAAUAAUACCUACUCUACUUCUGAAGACAAAUUUUUAAAUGUCAAAAAUGCUGGAGCAGAAGAACAACAAAUGGAUGGUAUUGAUUCUGCAGUAGGAAGUCAGUCAGUCAUCAUGUCUGCAUGUGAUACAGACAGAUCAGGCUGUCAUGAAAUUACUGUGCCAUCCAACUUACCUUUGUCUACAAAGUUAUAUAGUGAUCCUUUUCCAAAACGCAUUAUUGAUUUUAAUGAGGCUUCUGUCGUAAACACAUUGGGACUACCUUUUAGUAAAGUACUUGAAGAUACUUUGUUAAAUGAAUCAGAACUUAAAGGCUCAAGCAGAUACAGCUGUCAAGCUAUGGGAAAUACCACUGAAGAUAUAAAAGUGAAGAAGGCUACAAUUCUGAAAACCCAAGAUAGUGACACAAUGCUAAAUGAAAGCCAGGGAACAAGUCAGACUUUGCUGAGUACAGAAACCGUCUUUGAAUCAAAAAACCUUAAGGUGCAAAGUAUGAACCCAAAAGAAACUCUUAAUUUUCCUGUCUCUUCUGGGUGUUAUUGGAAUGAAGGCAAAUGUACAGGAAGUAUUGCUGAGGGUCUUUCUGCUGACAGGUCGUGCAGUGAGUCUGAUCAUCAGAUAUACCUGAAAGGGAAGCAGUGGGCAGUUGUUUGUGAUGAGACCAAAGAUUAUUCAGUGAAAACCACUAGCAAGGGAUACAAGCUUGGUGUAAUAACCAAGUGCUUAAACCAAGGCAUUAGUCAAAAGGUCUACUCCUUAAAGGUACAUAAAACUCUCCAGACCGGUUAUAGAUGCAAGGAUUUCAAGAGAAGGAAACUCAAACUAGGAUUUUGCUACACUACAACAAAAUACCGUAGGAAGAAAAAGGCACAAAACAAGGCAUGCAUUUAUCAGGAAAAAAUUGGAAAGCAAAAGAGCUUCCAGAAAACCCAAAGCAACCACCUUCCAUUUUCUGAGUUCUUUGAAGUUAGCACCCCUACUCACCAAAAUCCUACAAACCUUGUUGAUAUCAAAAAAGCUAACCAUAUAUCUGUUAUGUACAGUGGUUUGAAAAAUUGUAAGAAAUGCAUUUCUGCUGAGAGUGUAGAUGUUUCAGUAGGUAAGGAUGAGGAACCUGCACAUAAUAGAGAGACAGUGACUGUAAAACAAACAGCUGAUAUUCAAGAAAGAAUUAAGGAGCUCUUGGAAUACUCAGGAAGAGGCAACACAGAAGAGAGUGAUCCCAGUCCAGUAGAUCAGAAGAUCUCUGAAGUAGUAAAAGAACAUAUGGAGGUAACCCUUAAAGAGUUUGAGGAAAGCUCAAACAGUGAUGAAUUAGUCUAUGAAGCAACGACUGCUGAAAUGGAAAUGGAUCAGAAGAAAAGUUUAUUGCUAGAACAAAUGUCCCUCAAAGAUAUGGAUAAGUCAUUUUUUGCUGUGAACAUAGCAACAAGCCCUUCUAAAAGCAUUUCAUUAACGUCUACAAACUGCAAUAAAACCGAAGCAACAAGUGUAAUGUCAGAUACCUCACAGAAGAAUGCCUUAACCCAAAUUCAACACUGUAGUCCAGACCGAGAGGUAGACAGACCUGGCACGAACUCUGGUGCCUCUGUGCAUAAUAUAAUGAAACACAAAUGCACUGUUAUGGUGGUUACAGAUGGCAGGCAAACAGUUUCAGAGUCAAACAAAACUUCCAGUUCAUCAGAACUGAGCAAUCCUGCAAAUGAUCCUGUAAUAGAUGUCUUCAGAAACCAGCAGGUAGAGAAACACCAUGAAGCCAAUCACGUUCAGGAAGAGGUCACACUGGAGUGCUGCACAGCUGAGUGUCAGUCCAUAAGCAGGCAUAAAAUUGACUUAGCUAGAACAGGUCUAUGCCUGGACAGUGUUAACCAAGCAGGCUCAAAACAGAAUGUAGAGAAGCAUAAUAUACGCUCAUCUACAUGUCUGUUUGAAAACUGCCAUGAGAAUGAUUUGUCCAGGCAGGUUCACUUCAGCAAGCCAGCAAUACAAACAGAGGGUGAUAAUUUAAGAAAUACUUACGCCUCAACUGUAGGGUCACCCAUUACUCAACUGAAGGAUGAUCAAAGGAGUACCUCUUUUCAUCAUGCAGAACACACCAGUAAAAGCUGUUUGAAGAGAAGUCAAAGCAGGCUAAAUGGCCCCGGUACUGAAGACUGUGAUGUUCUGCCUAAGUCACACAAGCAAGCCCAACAGUCACACACAAAUAUGGAUAUUCACAUCAAGCCCUUGUUGCCAUCUGCUAAAAUGUCUAAUGCAAAAAUGAAUUUGCAUGAAAAUGUCUCUAGUAUCGACUCUCAAAAUUUAGACAGACAAAUCACUAAAAACUGCAGAUUAAAUUUUCUGGAAGAGCAGUUAUGCAGUGAAGAUUCUCCCCAAAAAGUCUCUUCAAAGUAUUUAUGUUCAGCUGACAGUCAGUCUAAGGUUGGCUCAGAAAUCAUUCUUAGUAAAGAAAUCUCAGAUGAGGGAAAUAAAAAAUUUCAUAAAAGAUCAUGCAAGCUUGUAGAUUUUACCAAAGCCUUCAAACAGGAGCAAAUACAGGAAUGUCUUGCAGAAAGUAAGGAGAGUGGAGAGGGGUCUUUCCAAAGACUUUAUCUGAAAAGUGAAGAUUCUAAAGAAGAAACCUACAAAGUUGGUACUAAUUCACCAACCCCUGCACUUCAGGCUACACAAGAGGACACUAUUCAUCAAACAAAAGAGUUUGAAUUCCAUUUAAAUUUUCUGCAAAGUUACCCAUCACCACCAAACAGAUGUACUCAACUGACAUCAGUUUACACGGGAUCUGAUUGCUGUAUGGAAGUUAACAAUGAGAGCAAACCACUCUCCAGUUUUGCCACAUGUACUCUCAGCCAAGAUUAUUAUCAACAGGAUUCUGAUAUUUUUGACAUGCCAAAAGAUGCGGAUAGUAGCUUGGACGAUAUCAACCCUAGUGGCAAGACCUCAACCUCAUCUUCUGAUUUAAAGGAUUCGUGGAAGCAGUUACAGGACAAUAAAACAUGCCAAGCAAAACCUCGGCAAAAAGGAAAGUUAAAGAAAUUAUCUCGAUUAAAUGCAAGAGCAGCUACCACUUCCUCUUCUGAUUCUUCAGCUAACUUUUCUUCAGAAGAAGUGGCAGACAGGCCUGCAAGACACAAAACCAUGCCCGAUAAUCAGAUCCAGUGUAAACAAGAUGUAUCAGUUAAAAACAAGAACACAUGCAAAGACCACUCAAAAGACUGGACUGCACACUCCUCUUCACCUUCCCUGUCCUUCCUACAAAAUGAUGGAACUAAAAAAGAAUUAGGAGAAACUCUGAACCACAAAUCUAGUACUUUAUGCACCAAGACAAAAGAUAGAGAUAUUAGUAAAAGAAGAGAUGGAGAAAAAGGAUUCCAAGAGGAAGAUACUGAAAAAAAGAAACUCGCAGAGGUGUCCAAAAGUGAUUGUAUACAAAAAAAUGUCUUUCGUUAUACACAAAAAACCCCAAAACACUUCAGUUCCCUCCUUGCACCAAAAGCAAUGGUACAAGAUCUGCAGAACUUUAAAAAAAUGGAUACGACAAUUCACUUUACCUCGAGUGAUGUUAAUCCUUUUAUCCAUUCAUGGCAAGAUACAGCAACUCAAAGGCAGCGUAAGGUUUUUGGAAGUGCUGCCGAUAUCUCUAACAAAACAGCUGAGCUUGAUGGUGCUGGCAAUAGAUCAGGCAGGUGCUGCAGUGUUGAUAAUGGACUGAAUGUUCAAAGCUGCCCUUUUUACUCCCAUCUCAGUACAUUUGCCAAUAACAAAACACUAUCCAGCACUCUAAGUAGCAUUGAAGGUUGCAAGGAGCAAGGCUCUUCAGAAUGUCAGUACGCUUCUAAUCCUCUCCUCAAAGUGCAUAUGGGAUCCUAUGAUUCUUACUGCAGUGACAUCUCUAGAAACCUGGGCAACAGCUCUGGUCAAGUAGAUGAAAUAAUGUUGGUUUGCCCUUCUGAACAAGAGUCCUCAGGUGCUGUACAUAAAGAAUACUCAGUGUUGACUUGUAACCGGUGCACCCAGACAACUGUACCACAUAAAAAGCACAAAAAUAUAAACCAUCAGCGAAGGAGCAGAACUGAAACACAAAGGAGCAGCAUGGGUGCUGAGGACACAGACGUGGUCUCUACAUUAGCAAACCUUCAGAACAUGUCUCUACAUCUUUCGCAGUUGAUCUACAAUACCUCAGAUCUUUUAGGGAACAUGGAAGCCAUGGAUACAACUCAUGUCACAGUAAAUAAUAAAACCUCAUCUUCAAGCAAAUGCAGCAAGAGAGACUGCUCGACUCAAACAGCCGUUGACGUAGCGAUCCAAACAGACAGCAUUAUAAAGCCAGUUUGCAGCAAAAAUAUGCAGAAAGAACAACAAACAAAGGAAAAAGCUCAGGAAGUUAAUGUGACUGUCAGAGUUGUUGGUGUUGAGACUCUUAGUAUUUCUCCAGAGAAGGAAGACAUUGCUUUGCCCUUACAGGGAAGGACCUUUAAGAAAAACACUGCUCAGGAAAUGCCGACUUUGCCUAAUCUAAGUGGAUGCUCUGAGGGGUCACAGACUGCAAUGGAGAUAGGUCUUCCAGAAGUUAAAGCUUCUACUUCAUCCUUAAAAGAUGAAGUCGUUUUUCAGAGUUUCUCCCACUUAAAGUCUCUGGCAAGUCCCAUUUUCUCUUCUGAUCACGUACCCAGACAGUCGUUCGGUACCAGCAUUGGAGGCACCAAAAUGAGAGGUAGUCUUUUACAGACAACUGCACUGAAAACUCAGACCCCAAGGAAGGACAAUGCUUUUCAUCGUGUUGCAAAAGGAGUUUAUGUUACAGAUCGUGCUUCUUCUCCUAUUCUAACUGUAGAAGCUGGAGUUACCCAGAUGCUCAAGAGUAAAUCUAGUCAGAGCUUAGGUAAUGGCCAGAUGACUGGACUGCAGGAACCCACGAAGGAACUGGUUUUGGAACACAUGAACAGUCUAUCUUCUACGGCCUAUAAAUUACAGAAACUGAAAGAACAGUGUUUCUCAUACAAGCAAGCAAAAAUUUUAGGAGAAAGAUCUCAAUAUGGUGAUCAGCCAAUUGAAUCUUCUGGCAAUAGAUACAUCAGUAGUGUUUCCCUGGAAAAUGUCAGAAGUUUGAAUUAUACCCCUUUAAAUAAGAAAAUUUUACAAAAUGAUAGUUGUGACAGAAUCAAGGAUCAGCUGGUAAAUGUAAGAUCUGGAGUUCCUAAGCCCCUGAGUAUGCAAUCGGCAGCCCAAGGUCCUAGAUCGUCCCAUUUGUCCAAAAUUCAUCAGGCUUCCUCUGCAAUACCUACAUAUAGAAAUGAUCCACUUUUUGACUGUAAACUAGAGGAAUCUGAUAAUAGACAGCAAGUUUACAUUCUUGACAAGGAGUUAAGCUUUGACAACCAUACCCUUGAAAACCACCAGAAAGAAGUUCAUUAUACAGGAAAUGCCUUGAGGAAGCCAGAACCUUUUGUUAGGGAGGAAACCGUUCAGCUUCAGGAAGAUGAUGCUGUAUCAUUGAUGGCAAGUGAAUGUAAUACGGACAUACUCAUCAACACGAGACCCCUUGUGGGUGAAACGGAAAAAGAAUAUCUGAGAAUCCCUGAAGAUCUGCCAUUGCACAAUAAAUUCACUAACUGGUCAGGUGUCAACUGUUGGCCCCCUUCAAGUCCAAGCAGCAGCUUAAGACAAUUAUCCCAAGUUACCUCCAGGCAAGAAAUGAAGGGUAGCCAUUCAGACCUUGGUUGUUCAGAAAGCCCUAAAACAGAAACAGCGAUGCUAACUGACAGCAGGCUAAGGGAGAUUGAAAGAUUGAGGCAGGAGAGAGAGCAGGUGAUGGCAACUGUUCGACUGGAUAUGAACCAUCGUCAGCUAACUGUAGAAUUAACAGAAGCCAAGCUCCACUAUGGUUUGGGGGAAACGGAUGCAUUACUGAAGCUAAUGAAGUCUGGCUCUAUUGAAGAAGCUUGUGAUGUCCCCACAAAGCAGCAACUAUAUGACAGACACCGGCGGAGCAUCGAGGGCUUGCGGCACGAAAGAGAAGCACGGCUCCAAAGUUGCAGACGGCCACGUAGUCUGAGCCCCAGCAAGCCGACCCCUGGAAGAAGGUCUGAGCUUCCUGCUGGAGCCACUGAAUUGCCCAGUCAGCAACGGCAGCACUUGCAGAAGCUCCGCCAGGCAGUGGUGACAGACACCAGCUUGACAGUCCCGCUGAGACAGACAGGAGAGUGCCCCUCUGAGAUAGAGCUGCUGUUAAAGGACUAUGGGCGUGCCCGUGAGGUCGCCAAGAGCGAGAUCGCCCGGGCCCGUGAUCGGCUUCGUGAGAGGACUCAGCAAGAAAAGAGGCGACUCCAUCAGCAAGCUCUGUCUCAGCUGGUGAAGGAUGACCUGCGGUUUCGAACUCGUGUUAGCAGUAGUACCUUGUGUACUGGGUCAAGCCUCAGCCUGUCCUCUGGGCCGACCUCUGGCUACAACAGCAGCAACACUGCCCGAGUCAAAGAGGGCAGCAGACCUUCAUGUCCAUUGCAGAUCUGUGAGCCCUCAGAAGAUGGCAGAGUAAAAUUCAGAGGCUGUCCUCCCAAAAGUGCUUCAUUGGACGUGGAUCCUCACCGUUCAUGGGCGUCUGCUGAAGAUGUUCGUGUGGAGGCCACAGUCAACAAGAGUGACCCUCAGCUCCUGUCCACUUCACAUCCACGUGGGCAUCACCGUAGUUUGUCUUUCAACUCGAUGCCUUCCAUACCCCCAGCAUACCAGGACAUCGCUGCCGGCGCUCUGUCUUCCGCCAUUGCGGAGAUAUAUUCUGCUGGUAAUGGAGACUUGAUGAACUUACUGGCAGGAAAGGCCUCAAGUGGUUGGAGAUACCAGGGAGCAGAGCGAGGUGUGCACGCCUUCUAUAAGCCCUGCUCAAGCCCCUCCGUGCACAGCUUCCUGGGGGCCGCAGAGCUGCAGAGGCCUCUGCCCAGCCUGUGGUGCAUGAUCCGCGACCUCUCCAAGGCGCACCUGUACCAUGGCUCUGUGCAUUCCACCUGGACCCGCCCGCUGGAUAGCAGCACUAAGCUGGUCUACCUGCUGACAGAUGUCUCUAGUUGCCGUCUUGUUCAGCCACUAGACUUCUGCUGCAUCAGCAAAGAAUCUAAACAGGAUGGGGAAUGGGUCCUGGCAGUACGCUCUCUGUGUGAGAAGUCCCUUCUGCCAUCCAGUGCAGAGGCUGUGCGUGGAGAGCUGUUCCCCAGCGCCUGGCUCCUGCAGCCCAGCCAGCAGGAGGGUAGGGAGGUCGUCAGGAUGUUUUACUUGCUGCAGGUGGACUUGAAAACUGCGGCCCUCUCUCCAAGGCUCCUGAGCUCAGUGGCUAAGAAGCAGGCGGCAGUCAUUUCUGAGCUGGAUGAUUUCUUCUCCCUCUGACUCCGGAGGAACUUCCUCUGUUGUAAA